AUGAAGUUCACCAUUCUUACCUUCUUCUUUAUCCUUCCCAUUGUAUUUGCUAAGCUCAAGAUUGGAUUCUACACCCCAACUUGCCCAACAGCAGAGGAUAUUGUUCGUCGAGUGGUUCAGAAUAAUUUCAAAAGUCAAAAAUUCAUUUCCGGUGCCCUGCUUCGAAUGCACUUCCAUGAUUGUUUUGUCAGGGGCUGUGAUGCCUCAAUAUUAAUAGAUUCAAGACGGGGAAAUAAAUCAGAGAAAGAUGCACAAGCAAACACAAGCGUUAGGGGAUAUGAGCUCAUUGAUGAAAUAAAAGAAGCCUUGGAAGAAGAAUGUCCUUCAACGGUUUCAUGUGCUGAUAUCAUAGCACUUGCAACAAGAGAUGCUGUGGCCUUAGCUGGAGGACCAAGAUACAGUGUUCUCACUGGUAGGCGUGAUGGGUUGGUAUCAAAUCCUUCUGAAGUGAACCUUCCAUCGCCAGAUUCUACAGUGCCAGAGGCAUUGAAAUCUUUCGUGGAAAAGAACAUGACACUGAUUGAAAUGAUUACCCUUUUGGGAGCACAUACCAUUGGUUCUACUCACUGCAAUUUCAUUCAAACGAGGCUCACUUCUCUUCCAAUUGAACCUUCUUUGCGUGAUCAGCUUUCGCAUAUAUGUGGGAAACAAAAUGAUCAACAACAUGACCCAUCUCUGUUUUUGGAUCAAGGAACACCUUUUGUGUUUGAUAACCAUUUCUAUAAGGAAAUCGUUGCGAGGAGAGGGGUGCUUUUCAUUGAUCAGGAUCUUGCUUUGAAUCCUCAAUCGAGUGGCCCUGUCACUUUUCUUGCGGGAAAUGCUAAGGUUUUUGAAAGUAGCUUUGUUGAAGCUAUAGUAAAGACGGGGAACAUUGGUGUCUUGGAAGGAAACGGGGGAGAGAUUAGAAGAAACUGCAGGGUCUUUAAUUAA